AUGGCCGACCAAGUGAAGUCCAAAGAGGGCGAGCCCAUUAACGAAGGCGACCACGUCUACACCAAAUAUCGCGGUGGGCGCCACGAAGGUGAUGUCGAGAAGAUCGUGACGACCAAGGAAGAAGCUGAGGAGGAGGGAGUGAAGAAUCCGCCCAAGGUGAGCUAG